CUCAAUUUGCCCCACUCUCACCUACUUUUAUGUCUAGUGGUAGUGGGUUAUAUAGAAAGCACCCUCAAGACACCAGAGUUAGACAAAUAAAUGCUGGUAUGCGUUACCAAAUUACAGACCAGUAUUUCACAAAAGAUCAACAUUCGCAUCUCCGUAAAUUGUACGGCUGGAAACUGACUCAGCAUCUACGCACGAAUAUUUCAUGGUAGCUUGAUCUGUAGUACGGAUUUAGUCAUAUUCUCCAAGCGAGGUGCGCUAGUUAACCAGCGCCGAUGGGAGAGGAAGAAGGUGACGCUGAAUUAUCGAACGCUUACUUAGUUAUCGGCUGGGGAGGCUUAAAUCGAGACAACAACAUCAAGCCCUAGCUAGCGAGGGGCGAAGAUAUUACAUCUCAUAAAUACGUGAACAUGUUGAUGCAUCCACUUUGAACAUAAAGGCAGUUUUAGCUUGUUCUACUCGGCGCCAUUAGCUUGCUUAGCUGUACGGGACUGAUCGGUGUGUUUUGGGAGCAAUCGAUAUCCAACUAAACCAAACAGGACUACUGCAGUACCUCAUCAUUGUUGACACUGCCUCCACCUUUGCCUCUUCUGCCGUGGCACUGGAACAUGAAGAAUGUCUGCUGUAUUACCAAAGACUGACCAGAAGGAAGCAAUGAGGGGCUUUGGGGGAAGUUGCCAAGCUGCGUUGUGGAUCCAGUAGCUGGGAUUCAGAGUGCUUGUUGUGUAUGAGUGUGUGUUUGUGUGUGCGUGGGUGCUUGCUAGCACAACCUGCCCCUUUCAGGCAGGGACAUGCUACUCUGAUAUUGGAGUUGGAGAAGAAAGGAGUCGACCUCCAUAAACGAGGAGAAGAAGGAAGAGAAGAGCGCAUGCAGUACAACAUUGCCAGAUAUAAAAACUGUGUGUUUUGGCUGCAGUUUAACCCAGUGGAAGUGGCUUUUAAUACACUGCACAUUUCUAUACAACACCUUUCCUCUGUCUUUGUAUCGCCUCCCUCCCCCCUAAGAGUCCUUGUUGUUUUGGCGCCUCUGUGAUUUGCAUGGCCGGGGAGUAAUCGUGGAGAGGCCAGGGUAUCACAAGCUUAUGGAUUUUGACAAGAAGGUGGGUAAGGGAGAGACGGAGGAAGGGAAAAAUAUGUCUAAGGCAGCUGGCAGCAGGACUGUCCGGGGUACAGGGACCAACUCUGGGGUUCUUAUGGUUGGCCCAAACUUCCGCGUCGGGAAAAAAAUCGGCUGUGGCAAUUUUGGAGAGCUGCGGCUGGGGAAAAACCUCUACACCAACGAAUAUGUGGCCAUCAAAUUGGAACCAAUAAAGUCCCGUGCGCCACAGCUUCAUUUGGAAUAUAGAUUUUAUAAACAGUUGGGAAGUUCAGAGGGUAUUCCUCAGGUGUACUACUUUGGGCCAUGUGGGAAGUACAAUGCCAUGGUGCUGGAGCUGCUGGGGCCCAGCCUGGAAGACCUGUUUGAUCUCUGUGACCGCACCUUCUCCCUCAAGACCGUCCUCAUGAUAGCCAUACAGCUGAUAACGCGGAUGGAAUUUGUCCACACAAAAAGCUUGAUAUACAGAGACGUCAAGCCAGAGAACUUUUUGGUGGGGCGGCCGGGCAGCAAGAGGCAGCACACAAUCCACAUUAUCGACUUCGGGCUGGCCAAAGAAUACAUCGAUCCUGAGACCAAAAAACACAUCCCGUACCGGGAGCACAAGAGCCUUACGGGAACGGCGCGCUACAUGAGCAUCAACACACACCUGGGGAAAGAGCAAAGCAGGCGGGAUGACCUGGAGGCUCUGGGUCACAUGUUCAUGUACUUCCUGCGAGGCAGUCUUCCCUGGCAAGGCCUGAAGGCGGACACGUUGAAGGAGAGGUAUCAGAAGAUUGGAGAUACCAAGCGAGCUACCCCAAUUGAAGUGCUUUGUGAAAGCUUCCCGGAAGAGAUGGCCACAUAUCUGCGUUACGUGAGGAGGCUGGACUUCUUUGAGAAACCUGAUUAUGACUACUUACGGAAACUCUUCACGGAGCUGUUUGACAGGAACGGCUACGUCUUUGAUUAUGAAUACGACUGGGUCGGCAAGCCACUUCCUACACCGGUAGGCCCCAUCCCCAGUGACACGCCCGCUCAGCCCAGCAGAGACAAAGCACAGCAGCAGACCAAAAACCAGUUGCCUGAGGCCAAAGGAGAUGAGGCUCAGCGUCAGCUGUCUCCAAUGACCAAUACGGAGACACUGGGGUCACAUCUUGUGGCCGAAAGGCUGGGGGGCUCUGUCCAGGUGAUGAGCUCGACGAAUGGAGAGCUGAACACUGACGACCCGACGGCGGGACACUCCAAUGCUCCCUUCACUGCUCCCACUGAGGUGGAGGUGGCUGAUGAUACAAAGUGCUGCUGUUUCUUCAAAAUGAGAAAGAGGAAAACUCUCCAGCGGCACAAGUGAAGAGAAGACCUCGGCGGGAACUUGAAACAUUCUGCUCACUUUCAAGUUUUAAAUGGAAGCAACCACACCGAUCACCCAUCCUAUCUCCCUUUCCCAAUCUCUCUCUCUCCCUUUCCCAAUCUCUCUCUCUCUCUCCCUUUCCCAAUCUCUCUCUCUCUCUCUCUCUCUCCCUUUCCCAAUCUCUCUCUCUCUCUCUCU